AUGAAAUCCUACUUGGCCCAUGCGGUCGCGGCGUGGAUAGCAUGGCGCCCCGCGACUGCGCUGGACAGAGUCUUCUACGGCCUCGACUACGACGCGCGGACGUCGAGUGCCGGCGGCUGCAAGGACGACGCCGACGUCCGGCUCGACUUCCGCGCCAUGGCCGCCGUGACCAGCAACGUACGCAUCGACAACAUGGGUGAGCCCUGCGUGGAGCGCAUCCUUGGCGUCGCCGCCGAGCACAACAUGCGGGUCUGGCUCGGCCUCGCGGGUGACAUUGACGCCGACCUCGAUGCGUUCGAGCGCGACUUCCGCACCUUCCAGCGCCUCGUCAAGGAGAAGAAGGUCCGCAACGACAACGUGCUCGGUGUUGGCGUUGCAUCCGAGGCCAUCUACCGCCACUACAUCCAGGGCCGGCGUGACUUUGCACAACGCGACGGCUCGGACAAGCUCAUUGCGUACGCAGCCAAAACGCGCGACUUUGUCCGCGCGAACGGCCUCAACUUCCCUGUGACCAUCUCCGACGUCAUGGACGCGUACAAGUACUCGGCCAACCUCUACGACGCGGUCGACGUGGUCUCGGCCAACCAGUUUUCGCAGUGGGAGACGAUCCCGGUCGAGGACGGCGUCAACACGAUGUUCGACCGCCUCAUCCCGAUCCGCGCGCAGGCUGUGAAGCGCGGCAAGCCCAUCAUGAUCAUGGAGACGGGGUGGAGCCAGGCCGGUCAGAACCCGAGCAUCGUCGCGGCGUCGCCCGAGUCGGCGGCGCGGUACCUCAAGGACUUUUUGGCGUUUGCGGACGAGCAGAACAUCCAGUACUACUACUUUACGUCGUUCAACCUGCUCUUUGGCGGCGACAACGACUUUGGCCUCAUCGAGAAGAACUUUGGCGUCUUUGACGAGCAGCGCAAGAUCCACCCGCUCCUCGGCGCGGUCGAGGUCGGUCCUCGCCCGGUGGCUGUGCGUCUCUGGCACAACGGCAAGGUGAUCAAGGUGAACGGCGCCAACACGCGCACGUACGGCCGCGUGUACUUGGGCGAGCCCAACUACGGCCUAACCGGUCACUACGACGAAGAGAUCUGGUUCUACUACGCGGAGAAGAACAUGUUCAAGUCCAAGAGCAGCAACCAGUGCUUGGACACGUACGUCGACGGCGACGGCAACGACGUGCUCCAUGUCUACAAGUGCGACAAAGGCAAAUCGACACAAAAAUGGUCGUUUGCACCGGACGGUGGCUUUGAGGUUGUCGCCGCGCCCAGCGUCGCAUCGGGGCGCCGGUUUCUUCGCGGGGCGCAGUCGGAAGAUCCGAUGGAAGACAAGUGUGGCCACGAUUGCGUCAACAACUGCCAGUUUGUCGGUGCUGGCUACACGCUCUGCUACGACGGCUGGAACCCGUACCAGUGCUCGCUCAUGGGUCCGACCCACCAUUGGUGCGGGGCGCCAACGCAAGCCAAGCCGGCGCGGGCGACCCGGCGACCCACCGCGCGGCCACCAACGGCAGCACCGACGACAACCGUAGCGCCGACGCCUCGGCCCACUAUUCGACCAGAAACAACGGCACCGACACACGCACCGACGCACGCACCGACGCAUGCACCGACGCACGCACCGACGCACGCACCGACGCACGCACCGACGCAUGCACCGACACCGGCACCGACAGUAGCGCCCACACGACCGCCAUCAACGCCUUCGCCAACAUCCACGCCGAGCCCAGGGUUGCGGCACAUGCAUCCGAUCGAGCCCGUGACGGCGGCGACGGGUAUUCUCAUUUCGCAUGGUCCGUCUGCCAAGUGCAUUGGCGUCGGCGACGGCACCAACAUGGUGCACUUGGCUACGUGUGGCUUUGGACCGUCGACAACGUUUAGCCUCCGAGCGCUCGGCACCGAGGAGGUCUACUUGCACCAAGGCGACGCCAAGCUUGUGAACGACUACGGCCUCGUGCGCGUGAGCUCGUCGGCGCCAGCGCCAGACGCAGCCAUUUGGUUCUUCGACCCGAUUGCGCAGACGAUUCGGAGCAAGGCGAAUGGCGACGCGUGCCUCGAGCUCGUCGGGGAUGUCGUCGGUGGCCUCGUCGAGACGCGCUUGUGUGACGCGCGCAAUGUCAUGCAAAAGUGGCUUUACAACGACCGGACGGGCCAGGUGAGUCAUUUUCUCAAGGCAAUCAUGUGCUUGGCAACCGACAAGGCCACGCGCGGCCUCCAAGUUCGGUAUUGCGACGUCCAAGACCCGCUUCAAACGUUCAUGGUCGGCCUUGUGCAUGCGUCUCAGACGCCGACACUUGAUAUCGACGAUGCCAGCGAUGACGACGAUGUGACGCCGACAGUGACGACAAAGGCACCGAUGACGUCAACGAUUCAAGCACCGACGGGGGCACCGACCGCGGUAACGACGGGGGCACCGACUGCAGCAAUGACCGUAGCGCCAACAACGGCGGCGCAGUUGCAGCAAAACACGAGCGCGCCACCUGAGCAUCGACCGACACCAGCGCCGGACACGCCGCCUGUCGUUGCCGUCUUGCCGCAUCCAGCCUCGUCACCGCCGGUUACGAUGUCGCCACACCCGUCCCAAGGUUCCCUGACGACAGCACCAAUGACAUUGCCGAUGGCCACCCAAGGGGCUUCACGGCCCACUGAAGUUGGACCGAAACAAACUGCUGCGACGCUUGAGGUCACGGCGGCACCCACUCAAGUCGCAACAACAGCUGUACCUGGAACGACGACGACGCGCGCGGCAACCACUGCACCGACAGUAGAGGCGCAGCUGUCGGUCACCGAGCCGGUCGCUCUGGAGCACACCGAUCUGCCAAAGACGACCAGCGCAGCGUAUCCAGUAACGUCCGAUGCACCGACACCAAUGGCCGUGGCCGUACCGACCCCGGCGCCAUCGCAUCCCAGACCAAGUGAAGCUCUGGCACACCGGACACCGGCGGUAACGAAGCCCCAACCCGCAUCGAUGCACCUCCCGGUGACUCACGGCACCGGUGUCCACAAAAGCACUACCGAGGCGCUACCGUCAACACCGGUGCUGACGCAACCGACCGAGAUGCCAAAGCACACGUCGGUCGUUAGUCGCCAACCGUCAUCGCCGACGCCGACACCAACCGUUACUACAGAGCGACGCACUACCGCACCGUCGCAUGAAGGUGAGGUGACACAUCAGUCGACGCCCGUCGUGACGUUGCCGCCGACCAAAGCGACGCUACCGGUGCCCGAGAGCUCGUCAGCGCCGCCGAGAGUCGUUCAGGAGACGCCACCUGUGUCGAAACCGAUGUCUUGGUCGUCGCCACCGCUUCCGGCGACGCAAGCUCCGUCCGAGCCUGUCGGCACAAAUCCGCUGGAUCCGAGCGUUCAAACUGCCACCGAUGCUCCCGCGGUUGCUGAGCAAACGACCGAAACGGUGUCGACUGACGCACCGACCCCAUCGCCGCGGGAGGUGAGCAAUCUUGCAUCUCGCACGCCGGCAGCACUAACGGCUGCUCCGUCGAGUGCACCUGAACCUACGAUUGUGCCGGAUACCAUCGUCGUCGAUCCCACCGCGCCUGCCAAAUUUGUGCCAACUGACCCGCCCGCGACAGCAGGCUCGCACCCGACGGCCACUCCGCGUGCCUCUGGAGUCGGAGUCACUGCGUCGACGGCGACGACAACAGCAGUAGCAUCGACGCCUCCGCCGACAAAGGCUUCCAUCGUCAAGCCCACAUCAAGCCCGAUGCACCAGGCUACUGAAGCUCCUACGCACGAGCCAACAAAAGUACCGACGUUCGAGCCCACGGUACCGCCGACGCGCAAGCCGAAACAGAGCCCGCCAUCCGAGCCGACGAAAACGCCGACGUUUAAGCCCUCAAGGAGUCCGUCGCCCAGACCCACUGAUGCACUAACGCCCGAGCCAACGGAGGCACCAAGGCCCGAGCCUACGGAGGCACCAACGCCCGAGCCUACGGAGGCGCCAACGCUGGAGCCUACGAUGGCGCCGACACCAGAGCCGACCCCCAAGCCUACAAAGGCCCCGACGCACAAGCCAACAAAGCCUCCGACGCACAAGCCAACGCCAGAGCCCACGGAGGCGUCGACGUCGUACUGGCCUGGCUGGUACCGCAUCAUCUCGACGUUCUGGCCGGUGCGCUAAGGGCAUCCACCUAUCUGUUCGUGCCAAAGUCUACGCGUGCUAUUUUUAUUAACCACGUAGUGUAUAUAAAUGUUUGUAAACUAUCUCUACGUCCA